UUGCGGCAACCGGCACUGCUGCAGUCACUCCACCAGGGCGGGAGAGGAAAGCAGUGUGGAAAGGCACACACUGUCCCGGUGCCCACGGUCAGAGUUAUAGCGUUUCUGCCAAGCCCUGGUGAGCGCCUUGCGCUUGGAGAAGGGAACAAACAGAUCCGGUCUUUGAGACAGCGAAAAAGGAUCUCAUAUUGUAUAGUGUUGAAUUUUUGUCAGCUUAAUCAAGCAAGGCGGCAGCUUUGCCUAAGCCCCCUUAAACCUUGAGCCAUGUCUCCUCCUACCGUGCCUCCGAUGGGGGUAGAUGGCGUGUCCGCAUACCUGAUGAAAAAAAGGCACACCCACAGGAAGCAGCGGCGCAAGCCCACUUUCCUCACUGGUAGGAACAUCGUGGGCUGCCGCAUUCAACACGGGUGGAAAGAAGGCAAUGAGCCGGUGGAGCAAUGGAAGGGCACUGUGCUCGAGCAGGUUUCCGUGAAACCCACUCUCUAUAUCAUUAAAUAUGAUGGCAAAGACAGCGUGUAUGGACUAGAGCUGCACCGCGAUAAGAGAGUUUUGGCGCUAGAGAUCCUUCCUGAGAGAGUGCCAACUCCUCGCAUCGAUUCACGCCUGGCAGAUUCCCUAAUUGGCAAAGCAGUGGGGCAUGUGUUUGAAAGCGAGCACGGUAAGAAGGAUGAAUGGAAAGGUAUGGUCCUGGCGCGAGCCCCUGUGAUGGAUACUUGGUUUUACAUCACCUACGAGAAAGAUCCUGUUCUCUAUAUGUACACGCUGCUGGAUGACUACAAAGACGGUGACCUGCGCAUUAUUCCAGAUUCCAACUACUAUUUCCCUACUGCAGAACGGGAGCCUGGAGAAGUGAUCGACAGCCUCGUGGGCAAGCAGGUGGAGCACGCAAAAGACGAUGGGUCCAAAAGAACCGGCAUUUUCAUACACCAAGUGGUGGCCAAACCAUCUGUCUACUUCAUUAAGUUUGAUGAUGAUAUUCACAUUUAUGUCUAUGGUUUGGUGAAAACCCCCUAAAUUCAUUGUACUUUUUGCAAAAGUUGUGGAAAUAUUAGAUGUAAAUUAUUUCGUGUUCUCAUAAUUGUGAACUUUGGGAACAAUUUUGGUGUCAGAAAUUCAGGAGAGUGGAUAAAUCUUACUGUGCCUCCAAAUCUGAUGUUAACCAGUUCCACAAAUUUGCCUGAAGUGGACUUUGGUACUUUUUAUAUUGCAUUGUUCUGUAAUUGAGAAUUUAAAUUAGGUGCCAAGAGAAAAUUUUCAAAUGUUUGCAAGCAUUGGAACAAUGCAAAAAUAGAUUAAGAAAAAUUGAUG